GUAUGGUGUUAUGUGAGACUCAUGUUGUUGCAGGGUGUUUUGGUGAACUAUAAAAUAGCAGUGAGGGAUAAUUAUGCCAAUAAAAUUGAUUCAAAUCCACCAGUGGCAGAUUAACAAACAAUUAAAAGAACUACAAGAACAUUAUUUCACAACUAUUUACAUAGGCUGUAAGCCUAACAUUGUUUGAGGCAAAUGUGGAUGUUAAUUGAUGUUUCAGAAUGUUGGUCAUGGUGUUAAGCCAAUUAAGAUUGAGGGACUUCAUUCAUAGAUCAAGUCAAUCAGCCUCAUUUGUACGCAUAUGGAAGUUGCAUGCAGUGAAAAGGUCUGCAUGUGGGAUUUAGACUACUUUGGGGCGAAAAAUAAUGACUGAAUAAGCAAUGAAUGGACAAAUAGAUCCGGAAAAAACCUUUGUCUCAUUUUAAUGAGAAGAAGAGUCGAGGAGAACAACCAGAUUAUCAGUGUUCCUAGUUUGCUGCAUUUGUAUUGGUAGACAGCGCCACCUUGUGGUACUAGUUUAAAUCCCAGUGCUUCUUAUUGGGCACAAAUCCUUUCAGCGUUGUUUGCCAAUAUAUCGAUAAUUCACGGAUAACUAUGAUGAGAGAGUCUAAUCCUUUAUAAUAAUUAUACAGGGCACAUUUGGUGUUGAUAGCUUUGCAUGAUAGCCUAUAUCAGUCAUAUUUUUGUUCUUAUAUCCAUCAGUCAAAUCAUGAAAAAGAAUAAUACGAAAUUACCAUUAAUCGGAAAGUAUGCUUUGAGGGCGGAUGGGUCGCAAAGUCACCAUGGACACUUAGAGAGCGUAGCUGAACCCGACCCACCAGACGUCAGUUCACACCCGUGCGUAAAAUUUGCUUUCCAAACAUCAUGGGUGAAACCUGGUCCGCCCCGUCCAGGGUCGGAAUGGGUUAAUCCAUUCCGUUUGCAGGUUGAACUUUCUGUGCUUGCGUAAGGAGGCUAAACCGGCCGAAUUAGAUAAACGACCUGAAAAACCCAACCCUCCUCUUUCCCUUUCUAAUUCUGAGCCGGUCUGAGGACGGUCAUUUGGACCGGAUAGCUUCUAUGUCUUUUGGUUACGUUAUUCUCCAACUGAACACCACACGCAACCGCAACGACAACAACCUCUGUGACUUUUGGGGAUUCCACUGAAGAUCUGUAGUUAACCAUGGCAAAGUGGUCCGUGUUCUCUCUCUACAUCCUCCAGGGACUGGCCCCUCUCCUCACGGGGCAGCUGGUCCCCCCGCGGGGCGGCCCCUGGCGGCAGCGCAUCCAGUGGGAGAACAACGGCCAGGUGUUCAGUCUGAUGAGCACUGGCUCGGAGUACCAGUCCCCAGUGGUGGCGGGCCGGCCGAGGACCUUCUCGAGGAACUAUAUGAGCGGCAGCAGCUGGAGAGAAGUAUUCAACGCACGGGACGGGGCGUCGCAGAGGAGAGGGGGGCACUACAGCGGGUCGACACGUCCCCAGCUUGAUCGUGUAAAUGAUAGGGUAGUUGACCAAGGACCUGUAUCUAUUGGGCAAGACAGCACCAGGCCGCUCGUGCACGUUAACGUGCGCCCGUCCGAGUUGAGACCCCCGCAGGUGCUUAAUUUCCAGCGACAGGGCGCCUUGGGCACUGCCAGCGCGCGGCGCGUCGCCACGGAGUUGGCGACGUUACCGGGGACCCCUCCUGGGUCACCGGGAAGCGAUGUAGUAGUGCCCAGGAGUGACGGGGCACGUGUUGGCCAGGAUGCCACCGCACAGAAUAGAAACAGCCAACCGGGGCCCGGUUCGGUGCCUCACGGUGCGCUGUCAAUCUCCAGGCACGUUGCACCUGCGGCGCCGCCCUCUCAUUCAGGGUACGUGGUACCCGCGGUACCCGCGCCGAACCAGGCGGCCUCUAAUAACGCAAACGGCGUGGAAACAAACGGAGCUGAAACUAACGGAGACGCCAUGUCUAACGAUGACCCCCGGAACCCGUUCAAGAACCACCGGAAUUCGGUUUUGUACAAUAUGUAUCCCCCCCAAGGACGGCCCGUGGUCCGUGUGCCCCCUGGCACCGGUUAUGGUACCAGAUAUUUCCAAAAUGGGCUCCCCGACCUGGUUCCAGACCCCUACGCCAUCCAGGCUGGCACAUACAUCCAGCGCAUGCAGAUGUACGCCUUGAGGUGUGCAGCCGAGGAGAACUGUCUAGCCAGGUCGGCGUACGGGCCCGGGGUACAGGACAUCGACUACAGGGUACUGCUGCGCUUCCCCCAGAAGGUGAAGAACCAGGGGACGGCCGACUUCCUGCCGGUCCGCCCCAGGCAUCAGUGGGAGUGGCACAGCUGUCACCAGCACUUCCACAGCAUGGACGCCUUCAGUCAUUACGACCUGCUGGACGUCUCCACGGGGCGCAAGGUGGCCGAGGGACACAAGGCCAGCUUCUGCCUGGAGGACACAGGGUGUGAGGCCGGCUUCAGACGCCGCUACGCCUGUACGUCUCACACACAGGGACUGAGUCCAGGUUGCCAUGACACCUAUGCUGCCAACAUUGAUUGCCAGUGGAUCGACAUCACUGAUGUGCCUCCAGGAAAUUAUCUGCUGAAGGUCACCGUCAAUCCAAGUUUCCAUGUUCUGGAGUCAGACUUCACCAACAACAUUGUGCGGUGCGACAUCACGUACACUGGAGUUUACGUACAGACGAGGAACUGUCGAGUAGCGAGGGCUUAGAAUCUGAAGUGGAGCACGGGAUGUCUUUAAAACCAUCCUCUGAAUGGGCGCUACAUCACACAGGAGGCCCACACUUUAUUAAUAUAGCUUUUUUAUAAUUCUCACCAUUCCUGUGACAAAUGAUUGUGCAGCAUGCAUUUUUCAUUGUCUGUGUACAUGUUAUGUAGUUAUAUACCAUAUGUUCUUAAGGUGCUUUUUUAUAGUAUUUACACUGACCUAACACAAUCCAUUAGAAUGUUAUCUUAAAUGUCCUUUGGUCUUGAAAUUUGAAGAAGUGACCUCUUUAAAUAAGUAGGUUAGUUCUUUCUCCACAUUUCUCGUUUGGUCCUUUUAUGUGUAGUUUUUGAUUUUAUAAUGACAUCAUCACUUUUAUUUUACCGCUUAAUAGUCUUAAAUUGCAUUUAUCUUUGCUUUUUGUUUUUUAAGGGUUUGACAUUAUAUGCUUGAAAGUGGAUCAAACAUGUGUGCCUGUGUAAAUGAAAACUGUAAUGUAAAAUGUUUUAUAUUUCUCAAACUUCAAAUUUCAAAGGACUACAAUUUCAAAGUCCUUAUGCUGGGUUGAUAUUUAAUACAAUAAACACCACCAGGACUGAGUACAA